AUGGAUAGUGAUGCUGUUAUGGCUGAACGAGAUGGCAUUAUCGAAUUUCGAACUGUAGUGAAUGAUGGAAGUCCAGAGAAUUUUGUCCUUCUCACAAAAUUUCAACAAGUAGUUCGAAAGGGACUGGCGGAGAUGAACACAGCGUAUAUCGCCAGAACAGUUCUUGAUGCAAGCCACAAAACUCUAGUCAUGAUACAGAAAUCGCAGAGACCAAUCAAUGAAAAAUUGAAAGGGGGCAUUGUUCAAACUUUUGAAAAAUUGGAGACUGUCAUUGGUGGGGUUUGUUAUCGUGUUUUCGAGAACCGUGGGUUUGUCGAAAUGGUUUACGUUGUUGUUAGUGCGAACAAACAGGGAGGGGGGUAUGGGGCGCACAUGAUGAAUCAUUUCAAAGACGAGAUCAAAUACUCUUAUAAGGAAACAGUGAUGGAAAUUCUCGGAUAUGCCGAUCUUACUGCUGUUGGUUUCUUCCAGAGGCAAGGCUUUACCAAAGACAUUCAGUUGGAAGAACGCAAAUGGGCGGGUGUCAUAAAGGACUAUAUCAAAUCGGAACUUAUGCAGUGCACCUUGCUCCCAAGAAUGCGCUAUGUCGAAGCGGCUCGAAUGCUUCGUAAGCAGAAAGAAUACUUGAUCGCCACAAUGGCUGCCAACAACAAAAGCAAGGUUCUACAUCAUCCUCCCGCGCAAUGGGCUCGAGGAAUUGUUGGCCCAAUCGACCCUUACACUGUUCCUGGCAUUCGUCAAUCUGGCUGGGCACCAGAAAUGGACGAACUAUCACGCGAGAAAGAACCGACACCCCUCCUCAAUCCACUCCAGGAUUUCUUAAAUCAUUUGAAGCAGGGGAAGCAUGCCUGGCCUUUCCUCGAACCUGUUGAUGUGAAGCAAGUCGAAGACUAUUAUACAGUAGUCAAGCAUCCGAUGGAUUUGCAGACCAUGCAGCAAAAGCUAGAUGAGGGUCUAUACGAUACACCCAAAGCUUUCGUGGAAGAUGUCAAGUUGAUCAUCAAAAACUGCAGACAGUACAAUAAGCCAAACACAUCCUUUUGUAAGAAUGUGACUAAGCUAGAGAGGGAAAUGAAGGCUUUCAUAAAGAGUGUGCCAGAAUGGAGGAAAUCUAAACUUAUAUAA